UGCCUUCCCUUUGUGACAAAAAUAAAGUUGAGAUGAAGCACCAAAAAUGUGAUAAAAUUACCGUAUAAUAAUAACCUUUCCUCAAUGCAACUUUAGUCCAAUUUAUUUACAAGUUUUGUGGAUAAGGGGGGACUGCGACAGCAAAGCCAAAGCCAUCAUCAAUCAAAGUAAAAUAUAAAUUAGCAGUAAUUUGGUGGUAAAGCCAGGCCCAGCCAUAGCCACUCUCUCUUCUCUUCUCUAUGUGAUUGUGACCAUUACUAGAUUUAAUUUUACAUGAGUUUCUUAUUUCUGGAAAAAUCUUUAUCUUUAUUACUACUUUCACUGCUAAGCUUUAAUUUAAAUAGCACCAUGAUCUGUCUCUUUGUCUCUGCUAAUCAUAUUGUGUUGUAAUUGUUGCAUAGGCAGGCCUGAAAGUAUUUCAGAAUUUGAGAAUCCAUUCCAGAUUCAGUUUGUUUCGGGUUUUUUCUUUUAGUGUGUGUGGGAUCCGGUCAUGAUGACGAUCUCAAACUCAAACUCAAUCUAGAUUCUUUUCCAUUAACCGUUUAGUUGAGUGGGAGUAGUUGUAGAAUCAAUUGUGUCUCUUCUUCGCCUGAAUUUCGGCUAUUCAGUGAUUUCUUCCGUACAACAAUAAUGGUUGAAUUCGGCGUGGUUCGCUCCACGGACGAAGCGGUGGAGGAGAUCAUGAGAAUUCACAGAUCUCUGCCGCCGCGCCCUGCUGUCGACGAGGUCCUAGCUGCCAAGGCUCUCAUUCGGAAUGUCGAGAAGGAAGACCAAGCUAGGCUGGAAGCCAUUACUCGCCAGACCAAGAGCCCUAAUGUCCCCGAGGAGCUCUUCCUUAUCCUCCUCGAGAUGCAAAAGAACUGUGUUUACUUCCAGAGCAAGGAGCAGAAGAGGGAGGCCUUCAAAUUGCUGGAUCUCGAGUCUGUCCAUGCUCUGUUCGAUGAAUUUAUCCAGAGGGCAUCCAACUGCCUUUCCUCUACCUCCUCCAAACUCAAUGAUAAAACCACCCUUUCAAACGCCUUGCCCCACACCGCCGCCACUCCUCCGCCUUCCGACAACUCAUUUACCGCUGCUACGCCCUCCUCCUUUAGGGAGCCUGCAUCAGAACGACCACUCUUCUCCAGAGAUGACAGUUACGUUAAGAAGGCCAAGUCUUCCUUCUAUGCUAACUCCACUGAUGGGUUGGGUAUUUCUAUGUCUUCUUCACCUCACAUAUUGGACUCUUCUCUUAAGUCCGGGGGAGCCACUGCUGCGGUUCAUGAUGGUGAGAAGUUGAGUCUGAUUAAGCUAGCUAGUAUAAUUGAAGUCUCUUCAAAGAAAGGCACUCGAGAUCUCAACCUCCAAGCCAAGUUGAUGGAUCAAAUUGACUGGCUUCCUGACUCAAUAGGGAAGUUGUGCAGUUUAAUUACACUGGAUUUGUCUGAUAAUCGUAUUGUAGCUUUGCCUGACACCAUUGGCGGCCUUUCAUCCUUGAAGAAACUCGAUUUGCAUUCGAAUAAGAUUGCUCAACUCCCAGAUUCUGUUGGAGAUCUACUCAGCUUGGUCUUUCUAGAUCUCAGUGCGAACCAGCUAUCAUCUUUGCCUGCUACAUUUGGGAGAUUGGUUCGCCUCGAGGAGCUUGAUUUGAGCUCCAAUCACCUUCCUUCACUCCCUGACUCUAUAGGUUCACUCAUUAGCCUCAAGAAACUGAAUGUGGAGACAAAUGACAUAGAAGAAAUUCCACAUACUAUUGGUCACUGCUCUUCACUUAAAGAGCUUCGUGCAGAUUAUAACCGGCUCAAAGCCCUCCCAGAAGCAGUUGGGAAGAUAGAAACCUUAGAGGUUUUAUCCGUGCGCUAUAACAACAUCAAACAAUUACCUACGACGAUGUCAUCUUUGGCAAACCUGAAGGAACUAGAUGUCAGUUUCAAUGAGCUUGAGUCUUUGCCUGAGAGUUUAUGUUUUGCCACCACACUAGUCAAGAUGAACGUAGGCAACAAUUUUGCUGAUAUGCGAUCCCUACCAAGGUCUAUUGGAAAUCUUGAGAUGCUUGAAGAGCUGGACAUUAGCAAUAAUCAGAUCCGGGUCCUCCCAGACUCUUUUAGGAUGUUAACACGACUUCAAGUUCUACGUGUGGAUCAAAAUCCUCUGGAAGUGCCUCCUAGGCACAUUGCGGAGCAGGGUGCACAGGCUGUUGUCCGGUAUAUGGCUGAUCUGGUUGAGAAAAGGGAUGUUAAAUUACAACCGGUGAAGCAGAAGAAGAGUUGGGCUCAAAUAUGCUUCUUCUCCAAGUCUAACAAAAGGAAGCGCAAUGGGAUGGACUAUGUAAAAGCCUGAUUUACAGCACUUUAUGUUUGGGUUUUUUAGCUGUUAGUGAGUCAGUUGACAUCAAUUAGGACGAUGCAACGAGUUGUUGUUGGCAUCGCCAAGUGGAUCAUAGAUCAUGGCUCUGACUUUCCUUCUCAAAAUCGUGGAUUUGUUUCCUUUCUUUUUUUUCUUUAUUCUCCUAAUCAAUUAUAAUUGUUUCUCCCCCCCCCCUUUUUUUUUUUCCACUUUAUUUAUUUUGUCGUUGCACUAUAUUGAGGUGUACCAUUCAGCCGGAAAACAGGGGAGGGAAGAAAUGUUGUAAUCUGUAUUUCUAUUGUAAAAUGAAGUUUGAGUACCAUUUAACAACCCGUAAUAGAAAAUUGUUUUAUUUGAAGA